CACUUCCUCCAUCAUCUUUCUUUACAUGAUGAGCAUCAUCAAAAUGAAUCCCUUUUCUAUUCCAGAAAUUAUAUCACUUGUCGGCGGUUUUCUAGAUCUAGCUGACCUCUUAUCUUGUAUUCGUGUUUCCAAGGCCUUUCACAAUACACUUGUCAAGCCCAUAUGGAAAAGGGUCACGGUUGGAUCAGCUUAUCAUACGGAACCUACUUUUGAGGCAGUGCAGAACCACAAGAAACAUAUUGAGAAGCUUGAGUUUUACAACAUCUUCCCAAAAGAGUACAGAUCAAUGCAAGGUUGUGAUCGUCUCAAAUAUAUCGGCUACUAUGUGAGAUUUUCUCAGGACUCUUCUGCCCUGAGCAAUCUUUCCAAUCUCAUCAGAGCCCACAGUUCGACAAUCACCGAGCUUAGAUUCUACUAUUCAGAAAUACAAGGCCUAUGGAGGACGCUACUGGAAUGUACUCACCUUGAAGUCUUAUCCAUUUGCGAGAUACAGAUACACAAAGAUGAAGUCGAUCUAUUCUUUCAAGUCUGCAAGAAGAUUAGAGACUUGAGGAUGACUAGCGUAAGCAUCAGUCAGCUGCCUUCCAACUUCUUGAAUGACGACAUGGACGAAUACAUUCUUCCAAAUAUGAAAAAAUUAAUCCUACAUACUGUCCAAAUAAUCAAUCCUCCACAUCCGCACACCUCAUCAAGUUGUCUCGGCAUGUUGACUAGGAGGUGUCCAAAAUUACGUUCAUUGGAUUUCUGUGAUUACAGCUGGGACACAUUCGAAACUUCACAACAAAGAUAUGUUGAUUUCUAUAGGAGUGUAUUCCUUCAUCAUCCUUAUACACUGACAAAUUUAUCCGAUUUACGCCUUACAGGGAUGAAGACAAAGGAUGAGGACAUGGCGGCGCUUCUAAGGCAGAUGACUGCACUAAGACAGCUAAUAGUUCAGCAGUGUGAUUUUGGCCCACUUUCUAUUCGAGAGUUGCUAGCGGACGAGCAGGAGAUCUCGGAUUGUGGACACUUGGUACGGAAGAGAAGGGACCAGAGGCUCUGCGAUACAAUUGAGAAAAUGCACUUCAAUAUAAACAGUACCAGAGCUGAUGGCAUUGUCCAGAUGGUCUUAUCUAAUUGUCCACGUCUGAAGGAGCUGCAUGGACCUAAAAUCACGGUGACAGAAAUUGUUGAUGGUGCAAAAUGGGUUAGCACUGGGCUUACCAGUUUGAGCAUCCUGCUUGAAGCUGACGUUAAUCAAGACACUUCAGAAGGCAUGCAGAAGCAGCGUAUUGCGUUUAGGCAACUAGGCAAGUUGACUCAACUAAACUCUCUUAUACUGACGGGGUUUCCGCGAUCUCGGAAAAUCAGAACACUGGACUUUAGGUUAAAAUCAGGCCUGGAUGAGUUAGUCAACCUGAAGAGUCUUUAUCGAUUAUCAUUUGAAGGCGAUAAGCACCAGCGAAUGCAUCUUGAGGAUGAGACUUGGAUUAAAAAUAAUUGGCCGAAUAUCAGAGAUUUCAAUUAGCUUACUACGUUCGCAUAAUAUAACCGUUUAAUAAAGGAAUCGAAGGCAUUCUGCUCCUCGACACGAG